AUGGCCGACUUCGACACAAUUUACGAGGAGCGAGAAACUGACGAGGAUAUUAUUGAUAACUACAUGAUAUAUGUCCCUGAUCCUAUCAUCAUUCGAGGAGCCGGGAAUGUAACUAUAUUUGGCUUAAGUAACAGAUUCGAAACAGAGUUUCCUCAGGGUCUGUCAGGGAAGGUUGCUCCAGAAGAGUUCAAGGCCACGAUAACCAGGAUAAAUAAUGUGCUGCGCAAGUCCUUGCCGGUUAAUGUCAAGUGGUUAUUUUGUGGCUGUAUAUGUUGCUGUUGUACGUUGGGCUGUUCAUUGUGGCCUGUUGUGUGCCUCAGCAAACGAACACGACAUUCAAUAGAAAAGGUACUUGACUGGGAAAACAGCCACUUAUAUCAGAAGCUUGGUCUGUUAUGGAAGUUAAAGAAGCAACGCUGUGAUUCAAGCAGUAUGAUGGAAUACGUUUUAGUUUUAGAGUUCAUACCAAAAGUCCCUAUAUUCCGCCCAGACUAG